UAUUUUAGUUUGUUUUAAGUAUUUUAUUUUUUGGAGGUUACAUCGAGAAGAAUUAUGUAUCCAGUAAGUUUUCCUAUUAACAAUUAUGGAAUGCACGGUUUCUAUCAACAUAUGGUACAACAUUCCUUUGUUGGAAAUGAACAAAUCUACCCUCAAAUGGUCCAAAUAGACCAACCACGUGUAGCUCUUGAGGACUCUAACAGCGAAUUCGUCGACACUAGCAAAGAGUUCGAAAAUAUGAUUUAUAACGAAUUCUAUGGACCGCCGGGGAUGAGAGCAACCCAACCAAAGGAAAAACAGAAUCCGCUGGAUAGAUAUUUUGCACUGAAAAACCUCUUGGUUUUUACCGGCGAUCCAGCAAGCCCUGCAAGCGUCAAAAUAAAACGGAAAAGAGCUAUCCAAGAGGAAAUGGAUAAAGUAUCAGAGAUCCUCCGCAGAGGCCCACCAAAAGAUGAAUUUCCUCCAUGGUCCAAGAGUAAUAAGCCUAAUAAAAUAUAUGAGAAGGAGAAAAAGGAUAGAGAGAGGCAAUAUUCGCAGAAAAACAAGAGACCUGGAUUCAAUAUUCAAUUAAGCACUCAUGUUGCCGAUAACAAUAGAGCUGUCACCUCCAAGAAGGUGUAUUAUGCUUUUCCCAACUCUUCACAUACCCACGUUGUUCCCAAUGAUACCGGCAGACGUGUUAAUACAAAAAAUAGGCAGAGUAUGCCAAAAGCACGCUAUCCGAAAUAAGUCGAUAUAUUUUACAUUAACACAUAUUUUAUUUUUGACCAAGAAACUUCAGUUUCGCUUCACAUAGUUUUUAUUUAAAUUUUACUGAGUUUAGGUCUUUUAUUUUAUACAUAAUAUCAUGUUUUAUAGAAAUGCAGAGUGAAGGAAAAAUCGUAAUUUUAUAAUUUUACUUUUAUGUUAAUUUAUGUUGCUGUUAUAAUAUUGAAGAUUC